CUCACCUCAGUACGAUCGCCUACCUCGAUCGGAUCGGUUCAGCUUUUGUUUGUCGAGUGGUUUGCUAACGCGGCGCGUUUCGUUGCUACACACAUCAAAGCAAAGCAUGCCCACUAGAUUCGAGUGUGGUUCUGCUGCUGCUGGUCCUGUUGGUAGUGUUCAGGUGUUCCGCGCUUGUGACUACUGGUAGGCAAGGUCGGAGGAAAGGUUAGCUGGCAACGGUCUGGCCUGCCUGAACGUCGGACGUCAACGAACGACGUAUGGGGACAGCAACAACAACAACAGUAACAACAUCAACAACGGUGAAAAGAGUUGUACCCGAAUCGAAUCAGUUUUAAUCUGAAAACUAUGCUUAUUUUUUUCGCUGGAAAAGUGCUCGCCUAACAACGCGGGAAAUAAUUUCAGCUCGAACUCGGAACAAAAGGCGCGCUAUUCGCUCGCAAAACUUGACGCAACUGUGCCCCACGAAUAUGGGCUAGGCCGCGCGAUGCUUCUUCUUAGAACACGGGUGUGGGAGAAAUGACCAACAAUCGACCAAGUGAAGUGUUAUGUUGUCUUUAGACGAAGACGAGAAGAAAAAAAUAUCAUUGAACAGAAGAAAAAAGCUUAAAAGUGUGUGGAACCGAUUAGUGUGUGAAGUGGAAAAUAACGCCGACAACGACGACGACGAGAGCGCGGGGUUGAACACGGUUCACGGAAUUGUUAAUGGAUCGCAGCAGGCGGUGAGGAAGAACAUCGCACUCACCACCAUCCGGCAUCGCGGGCCCUGGAUUACAGCAAAAAUCUUCUAUUUUGUUUUUUUUUUCGUUUUCGCUUGUGCUUGCUGCCAAGCCAAGAAGAGUGCCGCCUCUUCCAUCCCACAUCUAUCUCUAUCAUCGACUCGUCGUGUCGUAGCUUCGCGGAAACCGGUUCCAGUCGUAGAGCGGCCACUGAAAAGUACACUAACAUCGAAAAUCCAAAUCUUAAAUUUGUGUUUUUAAUAUAUCUGAGCAAACUCCCUAAAUGGCGGACUACUGCAACAGCAACAGCACUUCGCUCAGCAACGGCAGCAACAGCAACAGCAAUGGCGGAAGCUGUCUGGCAACCUUUCGGCCCACCUCGGGCACUUCGGUGGCAAUUGUUGGAGGCUAUCCGCACCACAGGUUACACCAUCAUCAUCAUCGCCACCACCUGCGGGUGACAGGAGGAAAGCACGGCGAUGACGGUGACGCUGAUGAUGAUGACGACGAUGAUGGUAGACAUCGGCCGACCACGGUGACGGCAGCUUCGGCGGCAAUGCUGGGAACGGUGGUAAUUGACCAUCGCGUUCGGCUGGUACGGUUGACUAGGCCGCAGAGCUUUGACCGGCAUCAUCAUCGAUCAGGCGUGGGUAAUGGAGUUGGUGGUGGUGGUGGCGGCGGUGCAAGUGGAAAUUUUGGAUUUUCGAUCCGAGGAGGCCUUGAGUAUGGGACGGGAUUUUUUGUUUCUGCGGUUGAGAAGGAUAGUGAAGCAGAUCGGCAGGGUUUGAAGGUUGGCGACCAAAUUGUUCGUGUCAACGGGUACCACGUGGAAGACGCCGUCCACCGGGAGCUGACCCAGUUCGUGGCCAACCAGGAACGACUCGUGCUGAAAGUACGCAGCGUCGGAAUCAUCCCGAUAAAAGAACGCUCAGCGGAUCCACUCACCUGGCACGUGGUUUCCUACAACGGAAGCUCGGUAGUUGCGACGUCCCGCACCGGAGCACCCAACGGCAACCAGAGCUCCCUGCCGCGUGUCGAACGAACCAGCUGCAGCAGUAGCAGUUCUAGCAGUACCGGUUCCGGUACCGCCGAUGAACUGCCACCACCCCCACCGGGACGGGAUUUGAAGGUUAUGCUUUCGGUUCCUCCGCAGACCAAACUGGGAUGUGGAAUCUGCAAGGGACCGGACUGGAAACCGGGUAUAUUCGUGCAGUUCACCAAACAGGGUGGCGUUGCACGGGAGGCUGGUCUGCGACCGGGCGAUCAAAUUAUGUCCUGCAACGGGAGAGAGUUUUCCGAGAUCACCUUUGCCGAGGCGGUUAGUAUAAUGAAGGCUUCGCAUGUGCUGGAAUUGGUGAUCCGGCCUGGGGCCGGAAUUGACAUGUUCCCUGGGGAAUCUAGCGGGUACAAUAGUAGCGCGAGUAGUGUUAACGGGGACGCUAGCCCCUGCUGGGGCGAAUCAGCGGCCAAACGAUUGAGUAUAGUGAGGGAGGAAUCCAGUCCUAGCGAGCGGAGAGGGAAGGAUCAUCGGGAAAAGAAUGGACAGAAAGGGGCUGCGGCUAGCAGACGAAACAAUACGACAAUUAUUGAAUUUUCUGAGAAUGGAACUGUCGUGAACAGUUCGAAUAGUUUGACCAGAAACAAAUCGGUGGUCGGGGACAACGGCAGCGGGAAAAAACUAGCUGACAUUUGCUUCGUUUCGAAGCAAAGUGAAACGAAAACGAUCAUUGUCGAGGUUCAUCGAAGCGCGUCAACCAAUUCGAUUCACACCGGAUCACCACCCAGUUCUGGACCGGCAACGUCUUCCGGGCUGGCCUCCAACAUUCCACCUCCGCCGCCAUUGUUUGCGGACAAAAUACCCCCGCCACCACCGCCCAGCACCAGCAGCAGCGGCUUAAGCAGUGGCUAUUCGACCACCAACAGCGCCAAAUCUAGUGCUGCGGGUCACCACAACCACCACCAGCAGCAACAGCGAAGCCCUUCCGCGGUCAGCCUGGCCGACUCCAGUGCCAGCAGUGGCAUCGAUUGCGGUGGAAAUGGCCUUGGCAGUGCAAUUUCCGAGGAGCUGAAGCGAAGAGCGCAGAAGAAGGGAACAUCGUCGUCGGCUCUGGAACCGGCCGCUGCGCUAACUGAACUGGAAAAUAGGCUAAAAGAAAAGCGUUUCAAACCACCCAACAGUGGGGGAGGUGACGCGGCACGGCAUUCGGCUCUGAUGGACGAGUUCAAGGCGGUGCACAAACGUAUGUUUAAGAACGGAUUCGACAAUGCCGAGCUGAAGAAAACACCUUCCAAAGAAAAGUUACCAACGGACGACGGCGGCGUCGAUUCAACGCCGACAGUACCAUCCACCGGCAAGUCCGGUAAAGGAACAAUGGGACGGGUAGCCGCCACCGAACUGGCCAAAGCGAACGGUGACGUGGCCGAGCUGGAAUCGAUCGAAUCCUUCAAGCUGACCAAUCCGACACCGACACCGGUUCGACCACCGUCCUACUAUUUCUCCCCGCAGGCCACCGGACCGUCGACAAUGAAAAAAUCCCUGAAACCGAUCGCGGUCACAAUCAGCGAGUACAGUAGCAGCAUCGUCGGAGGGCAGGACCAUCAACGAACGACAACGACAGACGAUCCGAAAGGGGAAGACGACGCGAUCAGCACCUCGAUCGGCAAUCUGCGAAGUGAGCUGGAAAAGACACUGUCGAUGUCGAAUCUAAGGCUGCGCUGUGAAUCCCGGGAGAAUCUGGUCGAACGGAUUCAAAUUGGACCCUGUGGACACCAGCAGCAGCAGCAGCAGCAGGAACAGACCAAACUAAGCCGUAGCUCGUCGGUGGCCAACGGAGUCGGCAGGAUCGGCGUGGGUGGCCCGACACUGUCCAAGACGAUGUCCAGUGGCAAUCGGAUUACGAUUGCUAUUUCCAGCGAUAAAAAGUGAGCGGCGGCGGUGUGUUUGUUGAUUUAGUUUGUGCGUAUUGUGGAUGAGAUUUUUUUUCGCUUCCGAUUUGUAGAAUAUUUAAGACUAACGAUCAGUUUUUUUUUGUUUCGCGAGAGAUUAUCAAAUCGUAUGAGCUUGUCAAAGGAAACAUUUCGCAAUUUAGACUAGGAAACUAUAAGUUUGGAACAUUUUUUGUCAAAUGAAAUUAUUGUUUUUUGUGUAAUCGAAGAUAUGCUCAAAAGCUACUAUUAAAGAUGUAUUUAUGUUUAUAAUUGUAUGCUCAAAA